UGUGACUCCAAGUUUCGAAAUGCAGAUGAGUCAUACGUAUCCCAAGCAAUACGACAGUGCUACGAGUCCGGAGUGCUUGGGUGCGUAUGUCGUCACAAUCUGCCAUUGGAGUUCACCAACAUUGUUCAGUCUGGCGAAAAGCACAAGUACCCCCUGUCUGUUAUAGAUGUGCUCAUGAAAAAACAUGGCACCAAAGUUCUCAAAAUUAUGUAUGACAUUGGUUGCCAUUUUGAGCCGGCAAUUAAAGAGAACUUUCCGGAUUGGGUGGGGAAUGUUGCUGUUGGCGUCUUCCAUGCCUAUGCCCAUUCUAUGGACUGUCAGGUGCAAUACAAUCCUAGAUUGAUUGAAGGGUUUGGCCUGACAGACGGUGAA